CUGUUUCCAUGCCCUUUUCUUUCCCUUCAUCGAAUCCCCCCAUCUCUCCCUUUUCUCGGCAUUACAUUCCUGUUACGUUCCUCCGCUUUCCGAAUUUUUUUGCUACGAUUCUGGCGAAGGCCGUGUCGAAGCUGGUAAAAAACGAUUCCUCAGUGCCUCAGGUUCUUGACUAUUUUCAAGGUAUGUGGCUGUGAGCCCACUUCAGAGGCCGGUUCGACAUUCCGUUGUUUGUGAGGUCGCCACGAAGAAGCCCGACUCUGCUGUGAAGAGAGCUCGGCAGGCCGAAAAGAGGAGGACUUACAACAAAAUCCGGAAAUCCGAAAUCAAAACCCGGAUGAAGAAGGUACUUCUCUUUUCGGCAAGUUAAUUUGAUUUUAACUGAGGAUGGAGAAACCCUGCAAACAUUUGCACCAGGCUCCUCUUUUGGAUUGCCACUGCAAAUAAGGACACGAGGAAUUUCUUUGAAGAAGAGAAUAUGAGGAGCAUAUAUUCCUAAAAUUUAUUCCGUUUUCGAGCUAUAAUUUUAGAAAAAGAGUAGAAUUUAGUGAUUAAGGGUAUAUUAAUAUUUUCGUAUCAACUUUUAAUUAUAAUUAUCAUAAAUUUAAGGUUUUAAAGUGGUGGUUAUAAUUUUAUUUGGGGUCCAAAUUUUGGUUAGUUUUCCAAAUUUUGCUAUAAAAUAAAAGUGUCUGAGAGAGGGGCAGAGACUUGGUGAAAAGAAGCUAUAGAAUGGCAACGGUAGUGAAAAGGAAAGAUGAGAGAAUUCUGACAAGGCUGGCAGAUGAGUUCGAACAACUGGCCGCUCAGCUGAACUCUCCGGCACCGAUCACCAUGGAAAUUGGCAAGUUCACCCAAGCCUGUCGUCUCGUUUCUCCUCUCAUUCGACACUUAGGCGUCGCUAUGAAGUUCGCCGACAUAGAGUACUCUGAUAUGGUUAGUGGGAUUGAAAAGGCAGGAAUGUCAGUUAAUACCCUAGAAGAUUUGCUUGACCGGGAAAUACAACAGAAUACCAUUAAGCGCCACAGUAGUGGUUCGAGAAUUCUCAUCAGAGUGAAGCGUUCACUUGAGAUGUUUAAGAUAAUAUUCGAGCAAACUAUGGCCUCAAGCGGAAAUUCAAUCAUGGAUCCGGUUAAGACAGCAUAUAAACAAGUUUUUUACCCCUACCACGGAUGGGCCACCAGAAAGGCUGUUGCGGGUGCACUGCACACCCUUCCUACAAAGUCACUGUUCUUGAAAAGGCUAAAAUUAGAUGAGGCAUCGACUUUUGUUUUGAUGCAAAGGACAGUUACUGCAUUGGAUCUUCUGAUACGCUACAUGGACAACUUAUUCCAUUCAAGGGAGUCAACUCAAGAGUUUCUACGCUUGAUUUGAUUGAUUUCCAUCUUUCGCACGUACGCAUGCAUUUUUACAAAUUUGCUUUGAUUUCCGUGUUUCAUGUGUUGUAUGAUCGAAUAUCAGUGUGAACCUUAUAAGGAUUGUUAUUCGAUUUGGUUAUAGUUAUGAUAAUUUUCCUUUUUCCA